AUCUGUCAUAUCAUAAGUGUCAAAAUUCAGUUUUCUUUUGAAAGUCGGACUUUUCUGUUUUCUAAAAAAACAAAACUUCAAUACCUUGUCGCUUAAUUCGUUCCUCGCGAUGAGAAAACACUCCAAAAACCUGCUCAUGGAUCGGAUGCAUCGGGGCGUCGUCUACGCCUGUAUGGGCCUAACGGUUUGGGGCACCUACAUGCUGGGGAUGCACUUGUACCGACACUUCACCAUCAUCAAACCGGCCCGGAAAGCGGAGGAGCUACGAAUGCUGGAAGCUGGCGCAGGACCCGGCCCGUCCGUCCCACAGUCACUGGAUUCGGCACCGACGUUAAGGUCCUAGAUCCCCGAGCGGUCGUGGUUCGCUUGGAGUUUCUACUGUAUGUUGUGAUUAUGGUGUUAAAAUUUUUAAAGUAAAAUAAAUUAUGUAACAUUGAA